AUGGCGAGAAUAUUCAGACUGAGCGCCGAGUAUCAUCAACCUCACCUGCACUCUGGCUGGGCCAGUCUGCUGAGGCGCUUUACACGACAGCCGACAUGGAAGAGGGUGUCUAGAUACGACAACCUCUUGAGCCGUGUGGGCAAUAUAGACGCACGCAAGGGCAGCGCACAGAGUUGUUGGAGACCUGCCGGGGUUUGCAAGAGGGCGGCGACCAGCCCAUCACCUCGAUCAGUCUCAACAGCCACCCAACCGCCCAAGCGCGCGUGGUAUAGCUCCCCUAAACGCAAGAACGAUGACAGCAUAGAGACUCUCACUCAGCUACUGCGCUCCCCAGACUUUCUGAACGAGAUCAUCUUCACCCUUCGCGGUGGCGAGAUUCUACGGGAGAAGAGGAAGCAAUGCCGGCUCCUGCGCGACCAAGUGCGCAGUCUACGGAGUCAAGCCGAUAAUAUACAGAACGAUUUGAUCGUUGCGCAAGGGCAACGCGACAUGGUUGCGCUGAGUUUCGCAGAUCGCGACAGGCAGCGAGUGUCUGACCUUAGAGCGCAAGCGCAAGCAGCUGUAUCAAAUCACAACAGGUUAAACGAUGAAGAGAAUCACGGAUCAAGGGUCUUCAUGUUGGCAUGUAAUGGAAUCACAAAAUCCAUCAAGCCACGGCUUGAGCAAGCUCGCCUCCUCGACGCAAUGGAUGAGGACGCCAUUCGAGCGCGACUGCUUGCAUCCCUUCCCGAAAAUGACAUAUUCCUCCCCGAACAAAGGCAACGCAUCGCCACAGCCCCUCGAGAUGAAAACAAAAAUGGAGAACUUGAGGCUUCUGCCGAGCAACAAGGCAAAGAAGCUCUUCUAGCUGCCAGGCUAAGAGCCUUCGCGAUCUACGAAGAAGCCCAGACUGUUUUCAAAUCCCACCAUGAAAAAUACACGAAUCAGCUGAGCAACCAUCUCAAAGGCAUCAGCCCUGGCUGGCCAGACUGGGAUGCCUCCUGGACACAAGCUGAUUUCGACGCCUACCACUUGCACCUAUCCAUGCAACAUUCGACGGCUCUGCGAGAAGCGGAAGAAGCCCUCUUCAAGGCCAUCGACGAUGCUCAUUCUGGCGGCCUCUCGCCAAUGCAGCCAUUCCAAAUAUACGGCUACCACGACCACCCCGAUGAUAAUCCAGCAGACAGCGUGCGCGAUGCACCGACAGGAGCGCGCAUCGAUGCGUGGAGAAACACACUGCCUUCUUUGCCACCUCUUCCCGAGCCUUUUGGCCCCGAUGUGGUGCAAUAUCCAAGCGAGCAGAUGUCUGAUCUUGACGGUGAUGUGGAGGCAUGGGAGACUUGGAGUCAGCGAGAUGAGGAUGUGCAGAGGAAGAGGUUGCUCGAGAAGUACCGUGGACCGAGGCCGCUGGGUUGGACUCUGCCUGCAGAGGAGGGUGGUGUGAAUGGUGGCGAUGGAGGUCGUUCGAUGAACAGUCACAUGAUUUGA